AAAAGAAAGGCUUCCAUGUAAUCUAAAACUACCUAAAAAGUAAAUACAGUUAGGACUAGGGAACACGGUGUCUCUCCUUCCAAGCAAUGGCAGAAUUGUUUGGAAGAAUAGCUCAACCACCGCAAAGGAAGAAACCCAAGGGACAGAAAGAGGACGAUAGCCACCAACAACAACAGGUCUUUUCAUCGACUUUCUAUCCCUUGAGUAACUCCCACGCCUUCAUUCUUCUUUCCUCACCUAAAUUCUCUUGUCCUUUCAAGGCACUUCCAACGAAAAGCGGCCACCUGCCAUGGGAAAACAUCGACUUGGUUGCGUCUUAGUCUUCUCUGUCAUUGCCUCCCUCGGCCUUGUCUCCUUCACCUCAUGUCUUGUAGCAGAGGCUAAGAGACCCAAGAAGGCUGAUCUCAAGUUGGAUGGAAAGCUGUGUUUCUUACCUGCCAGUCAUGGCUUUGGAUUCGGAGUUGCUGCACUAAUCUGUCUCUCAAUCGCUCAAAUCAUAGGGAACGUAUUAGUCUGUGCAAAUUACUGGUCGAGAUCAGGAAAGGCGAGAAAGGCUAAGAAACCAAUUCUUACUGCAAUUCUCCUGGCAUUUUCCUGGAUCAGCUUUGGAGUUGCAAUCAUCCUAAUAAGUACGGUCACGAGUAUGAGCAGAAGACAACCCUAUGGAGAAGGAUGGUUGGACGGUGAAUGCUACAUGGUUAGAGGUGGAGUGUACAUAAGCUCCGGGUUUUUAAGCCUGGCUGCCGUGUUGGCCUUGCUCGGGAUAGCUGCCAUAACGAUAACGACAAAUCAAGUUGAUCAAGGCCAGAAAGUAUAUGCACAGAAUGCAUGAAAAACAAAAUAACCAGUGAUAGGUUUGCCAUUUUUGGAAGCUUAGUUUCAAGUGACACGAUGGGUUUUGAGCUUUGAAUGAAACAACCAAGUAUGUAUAAUGUCUUCCACCAAGUCCAAGACCUGCAACUGCCAACAAGUCAACAACUGAAAAUAUAUACGGUACAGAAGCCUGCCAGAAGCCCCAAACGAGAGGCUUCAAAAGCAAUACUAGAAUUCCUUUACAUCUUGUCUUGUCUUGAUAUUAAUAUUAAUAUUAUUAUUAUUAUUAUAAGGAGCAAACGGAAAAGUGAUAAUGAGUGAGGGCCAAAGCCCAAAGGGGAUGUCCCGCUACGCACUCCACUUCUCUGGUCCCUUCCCAAAAUCAGGAAAGGUUAGUUAGCUUCAACAAAAAUGAAAGAGAUGGUUCUUUUGUAUUUAUUCCCAUAAUAAUAAUGAUAAAUUUAUUUGAUGCCUCCACAGCGAUA